UCAAAAAUUCAAGUUCUAGCUAAUUACUCAUCUGGUUUUUCCUCAAAAUAGAUGCAACUGGAUAUUAGAUCCGAGUUUUUGAUCGGGUUGAGCUAUUUGAUGUGGUUCAUAUCCAUGAUGGAGUUUUAGGUUUGAUAGUUUAAGAUUGUGGCCAUUUAGCCACACAAAAAAACACCACCACCUAAGCUAAAGGCAGCCCUCUCCUUUCAUAUGUAACCAAAAGUACGUGAGAAAAGCAAAAAUUACGUAAAAAAAAUAAAAUAAUAAGGCACCAAAAUGAGUUACCUGCUAGAAACAUUAACAAAAAAACAAGACAUCGAUACCAUAAUCAGAGACACCAUCGACAAGCUUCUUGUCCUUCGCUUCGGCAGAUCUUCUGAUCCCGUUUGCCUUCAACUUGAUGAUAUCCUAUCAAAAUCAGAAAAGGAUGUAUCAAAAUUUGCAAGAAUAGCAUUAGUGGAUGUUGAUUGUGAACAAGUUGAAGUUUAUUUGAAAUAUUUUGAUAUUACUUUCAUUCCUUCAACUCUUUUUUUCUUCAAUGCUCACCACAUGAAGAUGGAUUCUGGGAGUCCAGAUCACACAAAAUGGGUAGGGGCAUUUCACAGAAAACAAGAUUUCAUUGAUGUUGUAGAGGAAAUAUUUAGAGGAGCCAUGAAAGGCAAGUUGAUAGUGAAUUGCCCACUUCCUCCUGAGCGUAUACCGAAGUUCCAGUUGUUAUAUAAAGACGUCUAAAGGUUAGAAAAUGUGCCUGACUUCUGCACCACCAUGCCCAAAGAUAAUAUUUUCAUGUGGUUCACAAGGUCUAAUAAUUUGAAUGCUAAAGGUGUAUUACUUCUAAAGAAUGAAUCUGUUAUUACAAUGUGAAACGAUAACACCAAAUAAAAACUUCUAUCGUGCAUUAUUUUCAAA